UCUGACAAUCAUUUGUGUGAAUGUGUGCUUAACCUAUCUUGAAGGACUUUGUGUCGAAAAAAUAUAUACAAACACUGUGUUGCCUGUUGAGGAUAUAGUAGAUCUACACUGACCAUCAAGAUUGAGCCGCCGACGACCGCAGGGAUGUACGAGAAGCAAACGGCGGUUGACUACCCGCCGACGGGAGAUUAUCUUACGAUGCUGUCGAAGUCCUCCUACGACCCUGUAAAGACGGCAUACGACUCGGCUGGCUACCCGAUGACGUCUAUGGCCGGCAUGAACUCCAUGGGCUCAAUGGGUGGGAUGGGCUCCAUUGGCAGCAUGGGCAUGAACAACAUGAACUACACGUCCCAAGGACUUACAGGCAUGGGCGCCCCUCACGGGUAUGGAAUGAGCAUGGCCCCGGCCGUCGGCAUGGCGGGUGGCAUGUACGGGAGCAUGAACACCAUGAACACUAACGGCCACAUGAGCGGUAUGACGAGCCCCGUUCCCGGCAUGAACGGCAUGGCGGACCCUAUCACACCCAUGCGAAUGGACAUUAACCGAGCGCAGGCCAUCAACCGUGCUCGUGAGAAGACGUACCGUCGGAGCUACACCCACGCAAAACCGCCGUAUUCGUACAUAUCUUUGAUCACAAUGGCAAUUCAGCAAUCUCCGAACAAAAUGUGCACUCUUAGUGAGGUAUAUCAAUUCAUUAUGGACUUAUUUCCGUUCUAUCGCCAAAACCAACAACGUUGGCAGAACUCUAUACGUCACAGUUUGUCGUUCAAUGACUGUUUCGUGAAAGUUCCGCGGACUCCUGACCGUCCAGGAAAAGGAAGCUACUGGACGUUGCACCCGGAUUCCGGAAAUAUGUUCGAGAACGGCUGUUACCUUAGGCGGCAAAAGCGCUUCAAAUGUAUAAAGAAGGAAGGACUUCGAAAAACACUCGGUGGCCCAGAUGAUUCUGAUUCUGAUGACGACGACCGGCCUGACUGCCCGUCUGAUAGCGAGUCCGUACCCACGUCUCCCGUGGAUGCAACAUCAAACCACCACCCUCACCAUCCGCCGCCCCCGCAACAACAGCAGCAACAGCCGCCGCCGCCACCCGUGGCAUCCUCACAACAGCAUCACAUGUCCAACCAGCUGGAACCCCUACCGCCCAAGACAGAGCCCAACCCCGUGGGUACUCCAACAUCCGGCUCAACCCCCGUGCCAGACCUCCGACACAUCCAGCACCAUGACGCCAUGUCCAUGGCCCACGGGUACCCCGCCGGUGUCAACCCUACCCACUCGUUCAACCACCCAUUCUCAAUUAACAAUUUAAUCACAGAAAACGCAAAAAUGGACUUGAAACUCUACGAAAUGCAGGGCAUGUACCCGCCCUACAACAAUAUGCAUCACAUGAACAUUCCCCCUAAGGUGGAAGGGCUGCCGCCGAUGGGCCCCGAGGGUGGAUAUUACAAAACCUACACCCCACAUAGCACCGCUAGUCUGUGACUAAAUGUGUAAUGAAUUGACAUGUUUAACAUAAUAGCUUAAAACCAAAGAUGCUUUGUUGUGAAUUUUAAAACCGAGUUUUUAUGAUAUUGCGAAUGUGUGACGGUACUUACCGGGCGCAUUCAAUGUUAAAGUGUAGCUGAUUGAAAACUUGCGAGUGCUCGGACAAUGUAUUUCCUUUUUAACAAGGGGAUAUAGAAAGAGAGAUAAAGUGUCGGACUCUCGAAUAUUGUUAAUAUUUCUUCUCAUGUAAAAUGCGGGUGAACAUAUUGAAAACCAAAGGAACCUAAUGGUGAACUUGUAAAAGUAUCGAAUAUCGUGUGUUCAUAUUUCACCAAAAGCCUAGGACGCUCUCAUAGAUGUGCGACUCACAAACAAUUAGGGAAAUUCUCCAUAUGAGAUAUUACUCUAUGAAAAAGGACCAAAGAUUCAUUAUUUC